AUGUCACUUCCCAACGCCCAACCCAUCAUAAUUUCACCGGAGAUCACCCUCCAGCCUCCGCUCACUCGUCGGGGAACGGGACCUGGAUUAAUCCUUGCUGUGCCGCCUGUGGAGCGAGUCGAGUCUGCGAACCGCUUCGCCCUCGAAUAUGGUAUCAUAAAGGCCAAUGAAGACCAAAGCCCAAAAACGCUAGACCCCGGGCCGCUUAAGAAAUGGGCUGAAGAGGGAUACGCAGUUGUGCAGGUCACUUUUGAUGACAUGAAUCCGUCAGUGCACUUUGGGGAUUUGCUUGUGACAGCGCAGGAGGAACUUGAGAAGGUCAAGGAGUGCGAGGGGUCCUUGAUGAAGGUUGGUCUUGUUGUGCACGGGGGAGGCGGCUCCGACCGCAUCGCCUCCGCCCUCGCCGCCAACCCUCGCAUUGUCUCUUGCGUAUACUACGGCCCCUUUAACCCCUUGUGGGCAAGAGAUACCUCAGUCCCCAUUCUCGCGCACGUACCCAGCCCGGUCUUCCAGCGCUCCGAGGGCGAAAUCAAGAUGUUUGGGGAAGAUCCCAAAAAUUUCAAGGCUCACUACUACCCCAACUUGAAGAUGUUCGAUUACUUUGCACUCCCUUGGUGCGUAGGGUUCAACCCAAGCGCCGCCUCCGUCGCCCACACCCGUUCCCUCGCCUUUAUGAAGCCGUUGCUUGGAGGACCUUACUUUGACUUGGAAGCCAUCUGGGACGAGCACACAAAGUACGAGUUUGAGGAUCGCAGCGUUGACAAGACCAUGGCCACCAUGGUUGACCAGCCCUACGUCAACCACAUCCCGACGCUAACGGGUGGCAUUGGGAGGGAAAACUUGACCAAGUUUUACCGGGACCACUUCAUUCACAGUAAUGCGAGAGACGCGAAGUUGGAGCUGGUGAGCCGGACAGUGGGCAUCGAUCGGAUUGUUGAUGAGUUCUUGUUUAACUUUACUCACAACAAGGUGGUUGAUUGGUUAAUCCCCGGCAUCCCCCCAACCCACCGCAAGGUAAGCAUCCCGUUCACGAGCAUCGUCAACAUCCGCGGCGAUAGGCUAUACCAUGAGCACAUUGCUUGGGACCAGGGGACCGUCCUCAGACAGCUAGGAUUGUUGCCCGAGUACCUACCAUUUCCGUAUGCGUUGCCGGGUGGACGACAACCGGGAGAGGGAGGAAAGAAGUUCGAAUAUCGUGUCCCGGUGGCCGGGGUGGAGACGGCGAAGAAGUUGGUGGAUGAAAAUGCGGUCGAGUCGAAUGAGAUGCUUGGAUAUGGGGUUCGAGAGGUGCCGGGUGAGUGA